AUGGCGUUAAUUGAUCAUAAUAUCUUUCCAGGGCCCCAUAUCGACCGUGUCAUGACACUUUUGUUGUGUAACACAAAUAAGGUUGGAGUGCGUCUCUCAAGGCGCCAACUGUCAGCGGACUUAGUGUCAUGGAUGCAGCUUUAUGGGAAAGGCGAGGGAAAAGAAGCAGCUGAUUUACAAUUGGUUGUUAAGUGGCAGAACCAUGAUUGCGAUUUGGAAAAUAGGGUGAGUGGCGAAAGCCGGUGA